AGUAGUAAAACCUGCUCGGUGGGAGGCGGGCGCACCCUGUAGGUGGCUGGCUGCUGGGAUGGCUGAUGAAGAAGAAGACCCCACCUUUGAGGAAGAAAAUGAAGAAAUUGGAGGAGGUGCAGAAGGUGGACAGGGUAAAAGAAAGAGACUUUUUUCUAAAGAAUUACGGUGUAUGAUGUAUGGGUUUGGGGAUGACCAGAAUCCUUAUACUGAGUCAGUAGAUAUUCUUGAAGACCUUGUCAUAGAGUUCAUCACUGAAAUGACUCACAAGGCAAUGUCAAUUGGAAGACAAGGUCGGGUACAAGUUGAAGAUAUUGUCUUCUUGAUUCGAAAGGACCCAAGAAAGUUUGCUAGGGUUAAAGACUUGCUUACUAUGAAUGAAGAAUUGAAACGAGCUAGAAAAGCAUUUGAUGAAGCAAACUAUGGAUCUUGACACCUUUUGUACUUUCUGAAGCUUCAUUAUUUUCUGGGGAAACCAUAUUUAAUAACUAUAUUUUCCACAGUAAGGUUCUGAUAUCUAGCCUUGUGAAUGAAAGAUAGAGAACCACAAAGUUUUCAGUCUUUAUUUUCAUGUCUUCAAUUUUAGACUGAUAUUUGAGCCUUUAAUUGCCUGCCAUUAUAUUACCAUACUUUGAAUUACUUAUUGGAUUUUAAUGACCCACGUGUAAGUCAAAGUACCUUGCAAACCAUUCAGUUCCUUCUGAUUUUGUGCCAUUGUAGGCUGUACUGUAGCUGUUUAAAAUGUGAAAUCUAAAUGGUACCUUUGAUAGCUAAGACAUGUGUUUCAUGUUUCGAAAGUUUUCAGAUUACAGUAGUCUAAGUUAUUAAAAGAUAGUGAACUGGUUUGUGUGUCUUUUAAGGAGAAAAUGAUAGAAAAUACAGCCUUUUUUAAGGGUGUUUAUUUGUCUUAAGAUAAUUUGUUUUAAUACUCUUUUCUUUAGAUAAGGAGUGAUUUUUUUUAUUUUAAUUUUUUAUUUUUUGAGAAACCAAAAGUUUCCUAUGAAUGCUUCUGUGUUGGAAGACCUAUUUGAUUUAAAAUCUUUGGGGCUUAUACUGUUUGUCAGGUUUUAAGAGAACUCAUUUCCCCAGGUCAAAUUAAAGCUUCUAAACGUAAGUGUUUUCAGUAGCAGGAAUGGCAUUGCUGAAAAAGCUGAUGGUAGGAUAAGCAUUUGGGGUAGUGUUUUAUUAACAUAUUUGUUAGUACUUGUUCAUUGUGGAAAUGUGUACUUGACUAAGACCAUGUGUGGCUAUGGAAACCACUUUUGUAGUUCAGCAUAUACAGGUUUUGUGUAUAUUUAGCUUAUUGUAUUAUUCUUGCACUUAGCUUAAAGUAAGGAUUUUAAAUUGCAUUUAAGGGGAUCAUUGGAUAUUACUCUUUGUG